CAUCUCAACAUAGAGAGAAAGGCAUAAUAGCUUCUUUAGCAAACCCCACGAACCAGUACAGCUAAACACACGCUGCAAGAAAAAAGACAAUGGCACAAAACAGAAACAUGACCUUGGUAUGCCUCACCGUGACCUCAUUGGCUAUCGCGGCAGCAACAGCAGCGACAUUGCAGGACGCCGAGACUGAGUGUGCAGAGCACCUUACAGACCUUGCAGCUUGCAUUCCGUAUGUGAGUGGCACUGCCAAGAAGCCGACACCGGAGUGCUGCCAGGAUGCCAAGAAGCUGAAGGACACAGAACCGAAAUGCUUAUGUGUUCUCAUCAAAGAGAGCACCGACCCUUCCAUGGGUCUUCCUAUCAACACAACUCUCGCCCUUCAAAUGCCUUCUGCGUGCAACAUCGAUGCCAAAGUCUCCAACUGCCCCACUCUCUUGAACAUCUCUCCAGACUCGCAAGAUGCAAAGAUCUUCAAAGAAGCGGGAGAUUCAGAUUCCUCUUCUUCCACUGGCAGUUCAAGCUCCACAAAAGAUUCCCCAGCGAGCUCUGCAACUACUUCGCCUUCUACAUCCACUGAUUCCAGCUCGAAAACUGAUUCAAAGGCUUCUCCUACUACCAGCAGUAAUGACGGCCAAAAGAUGAAAGUGAUACUUGGAGGGUGGAUGUUGAUGGCUCUUGCAGCCUCAAUGUUCUUCUGAAGCUGAAACAGCAAUCAGCUAGGCUCUUUCAUCAGUUAGUAGUAUUAAGGACUUGGGUUUAGAAUGAAGCAGAGGAAGCAUUGUCCUUCUGAUCUAUCUUAACUUGUUGCAUUUGAU